ACAUGUUUCAAGAGAGAAACAAGUCCUCAAAGUAAAUCAUAUAGUUCAAAGCUUCAGCCUAAGAAAUGGCCGGCUAUGAUUACGGUUAUAGAUCAGGUUACUCUAACAGCAAGGGGGCAGGACCACACCCAAAUGAAUGGAGCAAGACAAGCUAUGCAGAUGAUGAGUGUCGUACAGUCAUCGUUGAUGCUGACGGAACACAAAGAACAAUCAUUGGUUGCACUCCCCUCCAUAAUCCAGGGGCCUAUGUAACAAAAACUGAGACAAUCAUUCAGGAACGUAUUCUCUCACCUGCGUUCCCGGCUGCAUACAAGCAUAGCUCUCCUCCCACAGUGGUUGUUGAACCAGUGAAACAGUACGGGUAUGCUGAUGACAAAUGGCGUAGGCCUUCAAGCCCUGUGAAAGGUUACGGCUACUCUGCUGACGAUCACAAGCUGCGCAGGCCUUCAAGCCCUGAGAAAGGUUAUGGUUAUUCUGUUGAUGAUCACAACAAGCUGCGUAGGCCUUCAAGCCCUGUGAAAGGUUACGGUUAUCCUGUUGAUGAUCACAACAAGCUGCGUAGGCCUUCAAGCCCUGUGAAAGGUUAUGGUUAUCCUGUUGAUGAUUACAACAAGCUGCACAAGCCUUCAAGCCCUGUGAAAGGUUAUGGUUAUGCUGCUGAUGAUCAAAGGUUGCGCAGGAAUUCCAGCCCCGAACAUGAUUAUCCGCGGGAAGUUGGUAAUUUCCUCACCAAAGUCCACACUGAAGCAAGCCGUGAUCAACCCUCUAGGGUUGGACCCUUGAGCGGUGUAAACUGGCACCAACCGCCCCAGCAAACGGGGCAUAAUAGCACUACAGGCUAUGGUGAUUAUAGUGACUACAACAACAAACCAUUGUACAAGCCAAAUGGAAACACCAACUACGAUGACUAUCACCGCAAAAAUGAUAGUGGCAGCGUGGGACCAACCGUGAUAUCCAACGGUGCUAGGCCAAUCCGUUCGACAUGGGCUCCACCAGCUCCCGGUCGCGAGGGAAGACUUACCACCCCAACAGGUGACAUGGAGACAGCCUUGCGCUACUUGAAGGAAAGUGCAAAGCGAGAUGAAUAUCAGACAGAUGCUGCAAAGCGAAAUGUCAGAUUCAAUGUGCCAUCAUGGCCAUGAACAACUAUCUAUCUGAUCUGAUGGUAAAGGGCUUUUAUUUCUCCGUUGGUUUGGUCUAAUCUCGCUCCUCUCUCUCUGUGUCUGUUAUCUCCUGUUUAGCUACAUGUCAAAGGCAUUGUGGUCUGAGUAACCUGUGUUGGUGACAUGCAUGCCUUGUGAAAUAAGUAAUAAAAUAAGCUUUCUUUCAGCAAUUAAUCCAGCAAUAAAUAUGUAAGGUUGUAUCUUUAGCUUAUAUAGUAAAUGGAGCUUAUGUUCCACUUUGUAUUAACCUGA